AUGACAAUCAACGUCGACUUCCGCCGCGGCUCGGUCGACUCCUUCAUCGCCUCCGGCGGCGCCCCCUCCUACUCCUCUGACGGCGUGACAUUCUCCGUCUCCCGCCCCGGCGAAGCCCCCCAGCUCUCCUCGCUGUUCUACAUCAUGUUUGGCAGGGUGGAGGUAACGAUGAAAGCCGCCCCCGGAGCCGGGAUUGUCUCCUCGCUAGUCUUGCUGUCGGACACGUUAGACGAGAUUGAUUUCGAAUGGCUAGGCGCAGACGACAGUGAAGUGCAGACGAAUUACUUCUCAAAGGGGCAGACGACGACGUAUAACAGGGGGCAGUUCAACCCUGCGCCGAAUAAUCAGGGGGAGUUUAUCACUUAUAUUAUUGACUGGACGCCGCAGAGGAUUCAAUGGUAUGUUGGGGGGACGUUGGUCAGGACGUUGGGGUAUGAUGAGGCGGAGGGGCAGUUUCCUCAGACGCCGAUGCAGGUUAAGUUUGGGGCUUGGUCUGGGGGGGACAGCGCGACGAAUCCUCCUGGGACGGUGGAGUGGGCUAGGGGCCCGACGGAUUACUCUCGAGGGCCGUUUAGUAUGGUUGUGAGGGGUGCGGUGGUGACGGAUUAUAGCACGGGGAAGAGUUAUACUUAUGGGGAUAAUAGUGGGACGUGGCAGAGUAUUAGGUCGGAGGGGGGGAAGGUUUAUGGGAAUAGUGGUGGGGCGGGGGGGAUUACGGUUACGGCGAGCGCGGCGCCGGUGGCGACGGAUGUGAGUCCUACUGUCCCGGUUGGGGGGAUUGGGCAGGGGAAUACGGCUACGCAGACGGGGUGGCCUUGGGAGCCUACCGGGACGGAUGGGGGGAGGGGAGGGCAGGGGGCGAUUCCGGAGGGGUGGAGGAUUACGCCGGAUGGGAAGUUGAGGCCGGUUGGGGGUAGCACUGUGAGUGAGUAA